UGUUAUCCUGUAAUAAUUUCUUUUAUCUUUUCUCAUCAUGGGAAGAGCACCUUGUUGUGACAAAAAUGGCCUCAAGAAAGGGCCAUGGACUCCCGAGGAGGAUCAAAAACUUAUUGAUUAUAUUCAAAAACAUGGAUAUGGAAACUGGAGGACUCUCCCAAAGAAUGCUGGGUUGCAAAGAUGUGGAAAGAGUUGCCGUCUACGGUGGACAAACUAUCUCCGGCCAGAUAUAAAGCGUGGUCGGUUCUCAUUUGAAGAGGAAGAGACAAUCAUUCAACUACAUAGCAUUCUUGGCAACAAGUGGUCUGCGAUUGCUUCUCGGCUACCAGGAAGAACGGAUAAUGAAAUAAAGAAUUAUUGGAACACUUACAUAAGGAAGAGGCUUCUGAGAAUGGGAAUUGAUCCUGUGACACACAGUCCAAGACUUGAUCUCCUGGAUCUCACUUCCAUUCUAAGCUCUUCUCUCUAUGGAGAUAAUAAUAAUUCUUCACCAAUCAACAUCCAAAGGCUCCUUACCAUGCACCCUAUGGUGAACCCGCAGCUUCUCAAGUUAGCUUCCUCUAUCAUCACUUCUCAACAACAUGAUGAAAGCCUUGACUUCACUUCUUAUCAUAAUAAUCAUUAUGAUAACCCUCAAAUUCAGAACCAGAACCAAAACCAAACACAACAACAACAACAAGAAGAACAACACUUUGUUCAAACUCAUCAAGAGCCGGUGACUUGUGUCUCAUUGCCACCUUUCAUUGAACCAAACAAUAAUAAUAACAAUGUGAACGCAUACCCGUUCAAUGGAAUUGCUUUAAGUUCCUUAACAGAAGAAGAUUAUAUCGUCCCUCAAUUAUCGAGCUAUGAUUAUUAUAGUUCUGAUAAUAAUAAUCUUCUAGUGGGUCCUUCAUCAUUGUCAGAAGCUUCAACAACCUUCCAUUCAAGCCCCACAACGUUGAAUUCGAACAUCAAUGGUAGCAGCAGCACCGAGGAUGAGAGUAGUAGUGACAACAUGUUGAGAUUUCAAAUCCCAGAUGUUUUGGAUGUCACUCAGUUUUGUGAUAAUAAUGUUGUUUCAGAUUAUUAUUAUUAUUAGUGAAUUUUCAUCGACCGAAAAGCAAGGUUGAUUAUCUAGCUAGGAAUUGAAGGUAGACAAACCAGGGAUCGGAUCCUUUGUUUGGUGUUGAUAUAUUUAUUACUUGUAACAUUUUCUAAACUUUUAUUUUAUUAA